AUGCUUCAAAUAGUUAAUGAAUAUCAUGAUUAUAAUCUAGUUGAAAUGAGUUUUAAUGUUUGGUAUCGUUUAUCAGAAUAUCUUUACCAGUGUGAUGAACCUGAUUUUGAUGAACUCAGAAUAGCUUUUAAACCUUUCGUUGAAAAGCAUAUUUUGUCACUUUGUCGUCAUUGUAGAAUUGAUUCUGAUUCACAGGAAAUGUUGAGUGAGCGAUCUGAAUUAGCUGAAUUUAGAUAUAGAGCACAAGAAAGUGUUCGGGACGUUACAUUUAUAAUUGGAUCUGUGGAUUUACUAAGACUUUUAAUGGAACAUUUAAAUACUUCAACUAGUUGGGAUCAAAUGGAAGCUAUUUUAUUUAUUAUCAGUUCUUUCAUAAAUAAUAUUGUGGAAAGUGAAAAGUUGGUUGUUCCGACACUUUUGGAUGCAAUUCUUAAAUUACCUUUGUCUGGUACCCAUAAACAAUUGCUUAAAACAAGUGCACAAUUAUUGGGUAAUCUUCAAGAUUGGUUAAUAUCACAAACAAUUUCAGCACCAUCACAAGGAGAUUCUGAUUAUAUGGUUAGAACUUUUGAAUGGUUUUGUACACUUUUUGGAUUUGCUGAUGGUUGUAUGGCUUUAACCGUUGCUGAAAGCUUGGAAUUUUUAGUAGAACGGGGAUGUGGAGAAAUACAAAAACGAUCAUUACAUGAGAGAUAUUUAAAUAUUCUUUCUGGUUUAAUUUCGAGCGUUGAAAAGUCUCAAGGAAAGGCUCAGGAAAUGGAAAAAGCUGCUCAACAUUUGCUUAAAGCUUCAACUUAUUUAAUUAAUGAUUUGCCUUCUCCCCAACUUUGUUCUUUUCUUGAACUUCUUUCUGUCAAAUCUAUCGAUAAUCUUGAAAGGAUAAAUUCUAAUUCUAUUCCUCCGGAUCCUCAAACUUCACCAAUUUCUACUACAACAAGUAAUAAAGAAAAUAUUAGUGAUGCUUGGCAAACACUUUCAACUGAUCCAAUUUUAUGGUUGGAUAGACUUUCUUCUGUUUGGAGAAUUCUCAAACCUUGGGAAAUUCAAUUAGAAUAUAAAAAGGGAAGCCUAAAACAAGAUUGCCCAUGGUUGCCUCUCUGCACAAGAGUCGUUCAAUGUACACUUGUUACAUUGCAGCAACAACAAGAAAAACAACGAGUUAUUGAGCAUUGUUGUAGAACUAUUCGUUUUUUAAUUCGUUCAAUGGGUCAACAGUCAAUUGUAUUUAUUGAACCUUUGGCUAAUCAAAUAAUUCUUGUCUAUGGACGUUUCCCUCAUUCGUGCCUUCUCUAUUUAGCUAGUAUACUUGUGGAUGAGUAUGGAAAUUUGGAAUUUGUUCAGCCAGGAAUGCUCUCAAUGCUUGAAAAUUUGGCUACACGCGCCCUUUUGUUACUUUCUUCUGUCCCUAAUGGUUUUGAAAUGAAUCCAGAUACAGUUGAUGACCUUUAUCGGUUAGCCGUUCGUUUUGUUCAGCGUUCUCCUUCUUCCGUUUUUUCCCACCAAAUAUCUGCUCAUCUUCUCCAGAGUGCUAUAAACGGGCUUAACAUUUGUCAAGUAGAUGCUAAUCGUUCGCUAAGUAAAUUUAUAAUGGAAGUUAUUGAUGUUGCUGCUGGAAAAAGAAAAGAGACAUCUAUCCAAGUAGCUGAUGUUCAACGUGUAAAACAAUUAUUAUUGUCUUUAUGUCCACAAAUUAUGUUAUCAGCUGUUUCUGCUGCACUUUUUCAUUUAUCUACUUUAUUGAGUAAAGAAAUGGCUGAAAUUAUGUUUGGAUUAAUACAAUUAGAUAAACAAAAAGCGGAAGAAUGGCUAAAUUUUACUUGUUCACAAAUUCCUCAUGAUGGAGGUAAUAGUGCUACACCUGAACAACUUUUAGACUUUCGAACACGUGUACUAAGUGCUGUAAGAUCUUAUGACGUUAUUUUGGCUUUACGUGACUUGAGGAAAUUUUAUGCUUGA